CUGCGUAAACAAGCCAGACAGGUGGAGAAUGAGCUGGACCUGAAGCUGGUUUCCUUCAGUAAACACUGUACCAGCUACAGCAGUAGCAGCCGCAACCAGUGGACAAGAGACAGCAGCUCAUCUCACGACAACAUGCUGGCAGCCAUGAUGACUGAGCUGGAGCAGUUGUUAGCCAGACUAACAGCAGUUAAUGACAAGAUGGCAGAAUACACACACAGCGUGGGAGCUCCAUCCUAUAAUACAGCAUUGACACACACUUUACAGAGGCACAGAGACAUUCUACAGGACUAUACGCAUGAGUUCCAUAAAACCAAAAGUAACUUCCUCAGCCUGCGAGAGCGAGAAGACCUCCUGGGUUCUGUUCACAGAGACAUUGAGUCGUACAAGAGCAGCUCACAGGUGAAUAACAGAAGGAAUGAGCUUUUCCUGAAGGAACAUGAACAUCUCAGAAAUUCAGACAGGUUUAUUGACCAUGCGAUAAGUAUCGCCAUGGCGACCAAAGAGAACAUGCUAUUUCAGCGUGGGGUUUUGAAGUCCAUUCAGACCAGGGUGACAACUUUAGCGAAUCGUUUCCCCGCCAUCAACAGUCUCAUCCACAGAAUCAAUUUGCGAAAGAGGCGGGACUCACUAAUUCUAGGCGGGGUGAUCGGCAUCUGCACCAUACUGUUGCUGCUGUACACCUUCCACUGAUUUGAUUCAUCCUGUCUGAGAGUUUGCUUCAUCAACAACAACAAAAAAAACAUUUGUUUACACUCAGGGUGGAUGUUUUUCUUAUAUCUUUAAAUGGUGGAUGUUUUUCUUAUAUCUUUAAAUGCUCUUCUAUAUCUCAUAAUAUAUUUCAGAUAAGUAUAACAGCAAAAAUAGAUUCUAAAGUGUAAAAAUUAAAACGUUAAUCAUCACACAGUUUCAUCUCUGAUUAGAGAGUUUAUUUUCUGCCUUGUGGUCACAUUUUCCAUGUGAGGUUUUACAUACUACAAAUAUAGGGAUGUAUUUCUUUUUUCACUCUUUAUAAAUGUAUAUAUUUUAACU